GAAUCAACGCGCUAAGAACUUUUAUUCGUAAAGUGAUACCACACUCUUGCCAUAAUCAUGUCGAAAGUAAAGAACUUAUUGGCCAAAAUGCUGCAGCGAUUUGGCAAAAACAGCUCACAUGCCGACAGUCAGCGGUACGAUAGCCUGGAGGAGAUUGCCCAGAACCAGGCCAACGAGAGGAUGUUGAGGGCAACUCAAGUGGGAUUGGAGGAGCACCUCGUCAUCUGCUUGGAGACGGAAGCGGGCAGCUUCUACUGGCACUCGCAGUAGCAGCAAACGGAGGAACACCACCUGCCAGACAAAUCUGGAAUGAAUCAUUGCUGAGAAUCAAAACAUCCGAUUACGAAAUUGCUCUCAUGUCAACAACCGCAAUUAUAGUAAAUAGUUAGUUGCAACAGAAGGAACUACACUACAAAAGAUGAAGCAACCAAC